CGGAAUCAACAAGUUCGAUUUUAUCGAGGUGAGGGAUCAGCCAUCACUGAGAAUGAGGAACGACGCACAAUAAGAAACAGGGAAUGCUGUGUCCUGAUUUGCUACUUGAGCAAAGGAAUACUUAACCUCAGAGAAACCAUAAAACAUGAACACAACACUGGUGGAGCAGACUGGGAACGGAAGCUUCUGCAGUCCGAUAAAUCCGUCAGCAGAAAAACUUGCAAAAACAAUAGUUUACAGCCUGAUCAUUGUUGUUUCGUUGGUUGGAAAUUCUCUUAUCGGAAUAAUUGUCUACAAAACACCAACUUUAAGAAAACCGAUUAACCUAUUGAUCGUGAACAUGGCCAUGUCAGAUUUGCUUUUUCCAGUAAUCUUAUUUCCUAUUCGCCUGGCAGAGUUGCACGUUGGCUCUUGGCCCAUUAAUGGUGGCCUUGGUCAGGCCUUGUGCAAGUUACACGCUUUCCUUGCAGAUGCUUCCACGUCAGUCUCGAUUCAGAGCCUGGUUCUGAUAACAGUCGAUCGAUUUGGAGCGGUUGUAUUUCCACUACGUUCUCCUAUCGUCAGUCCCAAGCUCUGUGCGUUCUUUAUUCCUUUCUCGUGGAUUGUUGCAAUGACGAUAGUAUCGCCAUACCUUUUUGCUUUCAAACUAGUUGAAGACCCAGAAGGAAUAGUGUGCAAGCGUCAGUGGGAGGAGACCUUUGGAGAGAAAAGCUCAUAUGCCAUUUAUUUUCUAAUACUAGCUGUCUUGUUCGUUUACAUCCCUACCGUCCUUUUGGUUGCAGUUUACUCCAUAAUCAUGAUCAAGCUUAAAAAACAAGCUCAUCCAGGUGAACAGUCAGCCAACGCCGAGGAACAGCGGACAAGAAGAAACAGAAACGUUCUUAAAAUGGCUAUUGCUAUCGUUGCAGUGUUUUUCAUUUGCUGGAUACCCUUUUACAGUAACAAGUUAAUAUUUUUUCUUACAACGGACAGUUCCAUUAGGUCUUGCGGUAGUCUAAAGUAUACUGUCACCCUCUUUAUGGCUUACGCAAACUGUGCUAUCAAUCCGAUUAUCUGCCUCGUUUUUAGUAGUAAUUAUCGCUAUCGUCUUAAAAGACUCCUUACUUGUGAGAGUGUCGCAGUACAAAAAGAUAACGUUUGAAAACUGGGAUUCGUCCCGGGAUUCGUCAGUGAGCAGGUAGCGAAUAUUAAGAAUAGCAGGAAACAGUUUUCAUUUUAAACUUCCAGAGGUAAAUUUCUGUGAAACGAAAUCUAAAAACGUGCCAUUUGUUAAGUUUUGACAAGAAUAACUUGUAUAAGACUUAAAAGAUUCGAUUUAAAUUCCUAAGAGCGUUAAAGUUGCGCUAUGAAAGAUUUGUCCAAAUUAAACGGAUCGACAAACGGUAGGUCUUUGAUCAGCUGUACAGAUGGUUUAUCAACGUUUCAUCUGUGUUUUGCUUAUGUUAUGAAAUUAGCAUAAUUGGUAAAGCAUUUCAGAAAUAUAAGCGCCCUCAAGGUCGCGCAGGACUACAAGCUGAUUCAUGAAUUCAUUUCAAAAGGCAAAAUUUUGCUUGAUCUACUUCUUUUAAAAUGCUUAUGUAUUGGCUGUUUAAGACGAAGGCGAUUUCGAUAAAAUUUUACAGAGACAUUAAAGAAUGAGCAGUCCGGUACAGUAGUUAUCAAAUAGGCAUUUGCCCGAUGACGUGCUUUUACUACGAAGACCAGAAUUCAUAUGGUCUAUCAUUUUUCCUUUCAUAUUUAAAUUUAUGCAAAACCGCAAGUACCCCAACCUUAACCCUUACCCAGACUAAAACAAACUAUUAACUUAUCACUGUUCAGGUUCUCGUGCUGCUGCACGUGAUAGAAGAUUAGGAAGGUCAGGGGCACCCAACGUCAAUUUUCGGAAAAUAUCUGUUCGGAAGACGAUUUGAGAUCUAGAAUUUUCGGAACAUUUGUUGAGGAUUUUCGAACAUCUAAACAUUAGAAUUGCCCAUUUUUAACUAAUUUUUAUUUUAAAAAGGUCUCCUAGAAUUUUCGGGAGCCUUUUUUCUGGCUGAAAUUUUCGAAAAGGUAAGUUCUGAUCCCCAUAAUUUUCGGAUCACUAGACUUGCAGCUAGGAAAUCCGAACAGAUGAAAAGUUUUUAGGGGAUAAAAAUAUGCCUAUAUCUACCGUUUAAAUACUAAAAGACGUUUAACAAUGCUAUGUUUAAGUGGUUUUGAAAUAUAUUCUCGUUGAGUGCCCCUGGAAGGUUUUUUUUUUAAUUGUUACACUGCCCUAUAUAAUCACAGCAAUGCUUUUAAAAAGCCACAUUAGUGCCAUAUUGGGAAAAUGUAAUUUUUGUGUCCGGCCAGAAUUCCAGAUCGAAUAAAAGAUAGCACUCUGUGAUUUCAGUAUUAAAUGAUCGGUAAAAACCUC